AUGUCUAAUGACAAACCCGUGUCAUUAAAUGUGUGUCCCGUCAGCACUCUGAUGGACGAAGUUUGCGAAAUAACCUGUCGAAACUUGGAACCGCAUAAGAGUACAUCCCUACUGGCAAUCAUCCACAACGACGAAGAUGCUACGUCAUUCUAUUCACUCGGUACUUUUGUGUCGGAUCUCAGGGGCGAAAUCGACGUUAAUAGGUCGUUUUCUUACAGUGGGACCUAUACCGGGACGGAAAGUAUGGGAUUGUUUUGGAGUGCCAUUCCUGCCCCGGAUCAGAAAGGUGGAUCGAGGCUGAUCAAAAGAGUUGUUGACGUCUCGCUUGAUUGGAAUCUGUUUUUGAUUGACGGCUGCGCUGACGAGGAAGACGUGAUGGUCGUCGUGAAUCACGUUAAGCGCUGCAGAGCUCGGCAGAAAAAGGAAAAAGUUACAUCUGGAAACGAAAGAGCAUCAACUAACGAUGGCCCAAACUCCGAACAUUUGCUGAUUAACGAUGUAACAUUACCGGAUAACAAGCGAGUUUUAGCUCGGGCGAUUUCUAAACGAUAUUACUGCUACCCCAGUGACGUCACGCAAACAGCAAUCAGGGAUGGGAGAGUUAGAGGAAUUGUUUUCAGUUUGAAAAAUAAAGAACAUGAAAGUAAAUCGAAAGCUUUCGGUGAAAGGAAAGGAAUAAUUGAAGUGUAUGGAGGAGGAUCGUUCAAACUCUACAAAGCUGCUCUCCUAGCUCAGAGAGGUUUCGUCGUUUUUGCGUUGGCUUACUGCGAUUAUGAAGACUUACCUCGACGAGAAAUCAACACAACUGUUGACUAUUUCAUCGAAGCCGUCGAAUACAUGCUGUCGAAUCGAUUUCCCAUCCGAUUCGAUGUUAAAUGCGGUAUCGGUUUAAUCGGUCUGUGCAAAGGGGCCACUUUGUUGCUAGAGUUAGCGGCUGUUAACCCACAAAAUGCAAUUCGCUGCGUGGUAGCCGUCAACGCGCCUUGCUUCAACAGCAUUGGCUCUUUCACUAGGGCGGGGUCAACUGAAAAUAUCGCUCACGUCUGGAAUAUGAAAGACCCCUUGCUACAAAAAACUAACAUCGGAGUCAUAUCAGACGGUUUGCUGGAAUGGUUUCUCCGAAAAGAUCCGAGCGAGCAAGAGAGGAUCGGUAUUCCGGUUGAACGGAUCGAUGCCGAGAUUUUGUUCGUGUUCGGUGUCGAUGAUGUCUCCAUUGGAGUGAGAAACAUGGAGUACAUGGUUGAGAGGAUGAGGAAACGUGGGAAGGACAAUUACAAGUGUCUGGUGUAUCCGGGGGCUGGCCACAUCAUCGACCCGCCCAUAUUCCCGCUCUGCCACGCCAGUUACUGGCCCAUGUUUGGUGACGUAUUUGUGUGGGGUGGCCUUCCUAAACUUCACCACGACGCACAAGUCGAUUCUUGGAAGAGAAUAAUAGAAUUUUUUAAGAUACAUCUAUGCUAAUUUAUCAAUAAAACGGUAGAUAAUUAAUUAAUUUUAAUUAAUUAACUGUAAUUAGUUAAUUUAUUAUUGUCAUUAU